GAAGAGCCAUCCCGCUGCUGGUUUACCCCUCUUCAAUAGUCGGUACAUCUCUUCUCAGAUUGACCUUCUGACGUUGCGGGCUACAGUCAUGGCUUCCGAGGGCUCCAAAGAUCUGCCUGUCAGGCCUGCUGCCGACGCCAAACCUGCUGGCAACGGUCUCCCCGAUUUUAUCAUCGAACGUAACAAUCUCUUCGAGGAGCUGUGGCAGCAAUACCUGGAAGAGCUCAAGAACAAGCCCCACAACGAUAUCAAUGUCACCAUUCAACUUGGUGACGGCAACACCGCCAAUGUCACCGCGAAGGCCUUCGAGACCACCCCCGCUCAGCUUCUGAAGAACGUCCCCAAAGAAUUGAGCGCUAGCAUUGUUAUCGCGAAGGUGGACAAGGAACUAUGGGAUCUUGGCCGCCCGCUCGAGGGUGAUUGUACCGUCUCUUAUGUGCCGUUCGAGCAUCCCGAGGGAAAAGAGGUCUUCUGGCACUCCAGCGCGCACACCCUGGGAGAGGCCUGUGAGUGCGAGUUCGGUUGUCUUCUUUCCCACGGUCCUCCCACCCCCCAGGGCUUCUUCUAUGAUAUGGCCAUGCCCGAUGGUCGUGUCGUCAGGGAGACUGAUUGGUCGGCCUUGGACAGCAAAGCCUCUCGUAUCUUCAAGGAGAAGCAGAGCUUCGACCGGUUGGAGGUCACCAAGGAGAACCUUAAGAAGAUGUUCGCAUACAGCAAGUACAAGCUUCACUACAUUGACAAGUUAGUGACCGGCGAAAAGAGCACUGUCUACCGGUGCGGUACUCUUGUCGAUCUGUGCAGGGGUCCCCACAUCCAGAGCACUGGCAAGAUCAAGACUUUCAAGAUCAUGCAGAAUUCUUCGGCGUACUUCCUUGGCGACCAGAGCAACGACUCCCUACAGCGUAUCCGUGGUGUCGCCUUCCCUGACAAGAAGCUGAUGUCCGAACACCUUAAGUUUCUUGAGGAGGCAGAGAAGCGCAACCACCUUAAGCUCGGAAAGGAGCAGGAGCUUUUCUUCUUCGACGAAGUCUCUCCUGGAUGUCCCUUCCUUUUGCCCAACGGUACUAAGAUUUUCAACGCUCUCCAGUCCCUUCUGCGCUCAGAGUAUCGCAAGCGUGGCUACCAGGAGGUCCAAACCCCCAACAUGUAUGAUGUUGGUAUCUGGAAGACUUCCGGUCACUGGGCGCACUACAAGGACGACAUGUUCAAGUUGGACGUCGAGAAGAGAGAGUGGGCGCUGAAGCCCAUGAACUGCCCUGGGCACUUCGUGCUCUUUGGUCACCGUGACCGCAGUUACCGUGAACUUCCUUUGAGAAUCGCGGAUUUCGGUGUCCUGCACCGCAACGAGGCCUCCGGCGCUCUCAGCGGACUGACCCGUGUCCGCAAGUUCCAGCAAGAUGAUACCCACAUUUUCUGUACUCAGGACCAGAUCAUGUCUGAGAUUGAGGGUCUCUUCGACUUUCUGCAGUCCAUCUACGGCCUCUUUGGCUUCACCUUCAAGCUCAAGCUCUCUACCCGCCCUGAGAAGUACUUGGGUGAGCUUGCAACCUGGGACUAUGCCGAAGAGCAGCUGAAGGCUGCUAUGACCAAGUUCAAGGGCAGUGACUGGUACAUUGACGAGGGCGAUGGAGCCUUCUACGGCCCCAAGAUCGAUAUCACCAUUGCCGAUGCCCUCAAGCGAGAGUUCCAGUGUGCCACCAUUCAGCUCGACUACCAAGCUCCUAUCAACUUCAAGCUUGAAUAUAUGACCAACGAGAAGACCCAGACGGCCCAGAUGACCCAGGAGGAGCCUAAGGAGGGUGAGACCAAGUCCACGGAGCCUGGUCCUGGUCGCGCUCGUCCCGUUGUUAUUCACCGCGCCAUCAUCGGCAGUUUCGAGCGUUUCCUUGGUAUCUUGAUUGAGCACUUCGGUGGCAAGUGGCCUUUCUGGAUCAGUCCCCGUCAAAUCCUGAUCGUCCCCGUCAUGCCCGCUGUCAACGACUACGUCGAGGAGUUACAGCAAAUUUUGCGCGCUGAUAAGCUGAACGUUGACAUCGAUAUCAGCGGUAACACCAUGCAGAAGAAGAUCCGUACUGGACAAUUGCAGCAGUACAACUUCAUCUUCGUUGUCGGUGCCCAAGAGAAGGAGAACCGCUCGGUCAACAUCCGUAACCGUGAUGACCCCGCCACCCAGAACAAGGGCAUCAUGGUUCCUCUGGAAGAGGCCCGUGAGAAGCUCCGCAGUCUGCGGAAGGAGCGCAGACUGGUCAACUCUCUGUAAAAGGAGAAUUCUGCCCUCCUGCUCGCUGGUAGAGUGAGUUGCUUAAGAAUACUCAAGAUUUACGUGUCGAUAUACCAUAGUUUUAGAUCCUAGCUCGCAUGAAGAGCCAAUGCCAGGCAGGAAAGAAAGACAGACUAAGAUGCGAGAGGUAGUGCUUAUAAAAUUAAAGAAGGGAUGUUGGUCUUGUUAUUGAGCUGGAGUUUGGAUGAUGAUGAUGAUGAUGAUGUGUUUGUUCAAGCAUACGUAGCUUGGGAAAAGCUGGAUUUGUGAAAAGAUUCGAAUUUAUCUUGGUAUCAAUUAGAUACCAAUGGCUCGAUUGGCGGCAUUUAGACUACUUUGUCGGGUCCUUCCCGGCUAAACUACUUAGCAAAUGCUUAUGAGGC